GCGCGCUCUCCCGCCGUGUCCAGUACGUGGUUGUCGCGUCGAGUGUCUCUGACCGCCUCUCUACGUCAGUGUAUAUCGUUCAGGAGUGGUCCUGCCCACCUGUGGCUGGUCCCAGAUGGUGUAGUCGCAGGAAGACAGAGUGAACACAGAAUCAAUGGAUUUAACCGGACAGUUCGUCCUAGUGUUGCUCUAUCAGGGGGCUAUUGUGGCAGAUUUGUCUGAGCUGUCGCAUCCACAAGCUCUCUCCAAUUACGAUAAUGGGGAAGCCACCGUCGACUUUGCUGUGAGCAACGGCUUUGGAAUCACAGAACCGUCUGCGGUCUUUCACCUCAGCGGGUGGGAUUUGGAUUAUAACCCUCAACAAAGUAUUGAUUUCUCCCUCAAAGCCUCUUCACUUUCUGACAGUGGGCCCCACCUUGAACCGGAUAUUUUAGGGACGGUUGAAAAUGAGGAAAAUUACUCUCCUCUAGUGAAUCUAAUAAAUAUUGAGGAUACUGGAAAAGAUAUUUCAACUAAUAAGUUAAUAAUUAAUAGUACUAAUAUAGAUAGAUCGAGAAAACAAUCAAAAUACAAGCAUGGCUUACUAAAAUCAUUAAACCUAGUUCUAAAUGAAAUUCAUUAUCAAGAAUCUAGACUAGAUACAGAACACAGAAACCCAACAGUGUUAAGCGCCGUUCAACCUUCACCUACUGAUGUAUUAACGAGGUCCUUCAGUAAAUCCACCAAUAGUUCGAGGAAUAUUAAAACUAGUCAGUCAUCAUUUAGUCUUUUGAAAAACGCUCUGCAGAAAAGCGUGGUUUCAAAGGAAAACAGAACAUCGGCGUUAGACCACUCGAGGCGCUUUCGUGAACUCACAAAGAGGCGGAAGUACUCCAUGAACUUUGUAAAGAGGGAGAACAUUAACGGCUCGGAAAACGUUUUCGACCUAACCGCAUCGAACAUUACUUUUGGAAUAACCGAGUUACAAGAAAAUAUAUCUCUUGGUUUUAUAAGAAACAGUAAAAUUCCGUUCGUUGAUAUUUUUGGAGUGUCUUCCAUAAACAAUUACACACAUCCUUCUGAAUCUCAAACGGCACACCAGUUUGUCGAUGAAGAUCUUCUUAACACGUUAAAUUACUCUGAUUUCAAACUAGAACGUGCUCCUAUGACAAAUAAUAAUUCCAACAACCAUCUUUUGAAUACAAAUAUAGAACUUAAUAAAGGGGCAUCCACCAUGUCACGUUUGAAAAAUUCAAGUUCCAUAGUUAGUCCAAAUAAAACUCUUUUCUCUCCUUCUUUUACAUAUUUGGGUUAUCUUCCAGUGCCAACAAGCUCUCAUCCACCGACUAAAGAAUCCACCCUGUUUAGCAAUGGCGGUACAACCAGAGUCACUUUAUCGUCAUCUUCAAUGGGUCCAGACAAUAUACAUGUACCUGGAGUCCUUCCAAUGCCCUUAACAACUACUUCGUUGCCAAGGCCUACGCUUUCGACACUCUUCUCCUUAAAACCCACCUCUACUUCGGAUCCUUGGCCGGUGAAGCUCGCGGCGGAAAUACCAGGUGAUCUGAUACUCGGAGGACUCAUGAUGGUUCACGAACGAGAAGACUCGGUCACCUGCGGCCCCAUCAUGCCUCAGGGUGGUAUCCAGGCCUUGGAGACCAUGCUGUACACCUUGGACGUCGUCAACAACAUGCCUGAUGCUCCCUUCACCCUGGGGGCCCAUAUACUGGAUGACUGUGACAAGGAUACUUACGGGCUGGAAAUGGCAGUAGACUUCAUCAAGGGCUCCAUUAGUAAUAUAGACGACGCCGAAUAUCACUGCAACAAGACUCAGAUACGGAAAGUGAUCUCUGGUGUGGUGGGCGCAGCGUCCAGUGUCACCUCCAUCCAGGUGGCCAACUUACUGCGUCUCUUCAAGAUUCCUCAGGUAUCCUUCUUCUCUACCAGCCCCGAGCUCAGCAACAAGCAGAGGUUCGAGUACUUCACUCGCACCAUCCCCUCGGACCAUCAUCAGGUCAAGGCCAUGGUGGAGAUCGUCCGUAGACUCGGCUGGAGCUACGUCUCCAUCAUCUAUGAGGAGUCAAAUUAUGGCAUCAAGGCGUUUGAGGAGUUGGAGGUCCUGCUAGCCAAGUACGAGAUAUGUAUCGCAGUAAAGGAGAAGUUGGUCAAGGACUCGGGGGUCGCUGAGGAGACUGCUUACGACACCAUCGUGCUCCGCCUUCUGACCAAGCCGAGGGCUCGAGGAGCCAUAAUCUUCGGGUCGGACCAGGAGGUGGCAGGGUUGAUGAGAGCGGUAAGACGCUGCAAUGCCACCGGUAACUUCUCUUGGAUUGGCAGCGAUGGAUGGUCAGCCCGCAGCCUGGUGUGGCAAGGCAACGAGCGAGAGGUGGAGGGUACUCUUAGUGUCCAGCCUCAGGCCAACCCUGUGGCCGGAUUUGACCGUUACUUCCUCAAUCUGACUGUGGACAAUAACCACCGCAAUCCUUGGUUUAUAGAAUUUUGGGAACACCACUUCCAGUGCCGAUACCCCAACAGCCCUCGCACCCCCCACAACCAGAGACACACUCGGAUGUGCACCUCCCGAGAACAGCUCACUGUAGACAAUACAGUGUUCGAGAAUCAACUCCAGUUCGUCAGUGACGCUGUGAUGGCCUUUGCUGUUGCUCUCAGAGACAUGCACAGGGAACUCUGCCAUGGCAGUCUAGGACUCUGCGAACACAUGAGACCCACCAAAGGUCCGGAACUGCUCAAAUAUUUGCGUAAAGUCAACUUUGAAGGCCUGUCUGGAGACAAGUUCAAGUUUGACUCUAACGGUGACGGGCCAGCGCGUUACAAUAUCAUUCACUUCAAGCAGAUGUCGUCCGGCAACUACCGGUGGGUCAAGGUCGGAGACUAUCUGGACGGGGAGUUGACUCUAAACAUGUCAGAUGUACAGUUCCGCCUGGGGCAGUCACAACCCCCAGAGUCUGUCUGUAGUCUGCCGUGUGAGUUGGGACAAGCCAAGCAGUACGUGGAGGGAGAGAGCUGUUGUUGGCACUGCUUCAACUGUACACAGUACCAGGUAAGACACCCUCUGGACGAGACUCAGUGUGUUAUGUGUCCUGAGGGAACAGUACCAGACCCCAGCAAACAACAGUGCCUGAAUAUUCCAGAGGUGUUCCUCAAGGCAGAGAGUGCCUGGGCCAUCGGAGCUAUGUCUCUGUCUGCUACAGGUAUCAUAAUAACCCUCCUAGUGGUGGGGGUGUUUCUUCGACACAACACGACCCCGGUGGUCAAGGCCGCGGGCCGGGAGCUAAGUUAUGUCCUGCUCACCGGUAUACUGCUGUGUUACUCCGUCACCUUCGCGUUGGUGCUGCGGCCCAGCAAUGUCGUCUGUGGCAUCCAGAGGUUCGGGACAGGGUUCUGUUUCACGGUGGUGUACGCAGCGUUACUCACGAAGACUAACCGGAUAGCCCGUAUCUUCAACGCCGGCAAGCGGACUACAAAGCGGCCCAACUUCAUCUCCCCUAAGUCUCAGCUGAUCAUCUGCAGCGGUCUUGUGUCUGUGCAGGUCUUGAUCAACGGUAUAUGGAUGAUCGUAUCACCCCCUCGGGCCAUCCACCACUACCCCACACGGGAGGAUAACCUGCUGGUCUGCGCGUCAUAUGUCAAUGCUUCAUACAUGAUAGCGUUUGGCUACCCCAUAUUGCUCAUCCUGGUUUGUACCGUGUACGCUGUCCUCACUCGGAACAUACCUGAGGCAUUCAACGAGAGUAAGCACAUAGGGUUCACAAUGUACACUACUUGUGUGAUAUGGCUGGCAUUCGUACCUCUGUACUUCGGCACUGGUCACCACAUGCCGCUCCGCAUCACCUCCAUGUCCGUGACUAUCAGUAUGUCCGCCAGCGUCACUCUGGUCUGCCUCUUCUCUCCUAAGUUAUACAUCAUCUUGGUCCGACCAGAGCGCAAUGUACGCCAGUCCAUGAUGCCAAGUCGGCACGGACUGUUCAAGUCCGGCACUGCAGCCAGUGUCAUGGUCGGUGCAGCUCCAGUGGCCCAUACUCACCAACCGUUUGCUCAAGUCCUUGGUCAAAGAGAAUGCAUAGCUCUGGAGAUCAAUGAGGACACCAAGAAACACAAAAAGGACAAAGUCCAGACAUCGACAAGGUCGACUCAAACUACGACAACGACGCCAAUAGCAAUAACCAACAAGUCUCCCACUUUAGCUAAGGUGAACAACGUCGUCAACAACAUUUCCUCGUUUGUCGAGAACGGGCCUCCGCUGAACCUCUAGCAGCACGCCCCGCAGUCGCAGCGCAAGGCUCACCGUCGCCGCAAAAUCAUUCCCAAGAGCAGAACCCCCGUCGUCGUAUGAUCACUGUACAUAUUCUAAUAAAAGCGAUU